GUCGAAAUAGUCAGUCGUGUUUGCUCCACAUUUUAAAAUUAUUGACCUUUCUCAAACAGUUUUAUAGUGUGAUAAGUUUAGGAAAUAAUUAAAGAUGACAAAACUACGUACGCUACACAAUGAGUUGGCAAAAGUGGCAAUUGAUGAGAUUAAUGAAGAUCCAAAUAGGAUAGAAUCAGAUCUAGAAUCAUUAAAGAGUUGGCUAAAGCAUAGCCCACAUUUGAAGACUAGAACUGAUGAUCAAUUUUUAUUAGCUUUUUUGAGAGGUUGCAAGUACAGUCUAGAAAAAACUAAACAGAAAUUAGACUUAUUUUAUUCAGUUCGUCAAAAUACACCCGAAGUUAUAAGAAAUCGGGACCCAAAUAAUCAAUAUUUAAUGGGAAUGAUAAGACAAGGUUUUGGGCUACCUUUACCAGUUUUAGAAAGUCCUGCUUCACCGAGAAUUAUUUUAGUCCGUCCAGGAAUUUUUGAUCCAUCCAAAUAUACUAUUCAAGAUGCUAUGAAAGUGACAACAAUGAUGCUUGAUAUUUUGCUGAAUGAAGACGAUAACUUUGUUAUUGUUGGUCAGCUUUGUAUCUUAGAUUUAGCAGGUGUUACAUUACAGCACUUCCUUCAAUAUACACCGUCUUUCAUUAAGAAAAUGAUAAUAAUUACUCAAGACGCAGCUCCUGGUAGACUUAAAGGCAUACAUUGGAUCAAUUGUCCUAAAGGAUUUGAUCAAGUCUUCAAUCUGUUUACAUCAUUUAUGAACGAGAAGAAUCGAUCGAGACUCUUCGUCCAUAACAGUUCAGAAUCGUUGCAUAAAAUAAUUCCACAAAAGAUACUUCCAACAGAAUACGGAGGUGAAAUAGGAUCUAUAGAGAGCAUUAUUGACAUGUGGGAGAAGAGGAUUCUAUCAUAUAAAGAUUAUUUUAUGGAGGAAGAAAAGUAUGGAACAAUAGAAAGUAAAAGAGUUGGUCCACAAAACACAUCAAGUACUGUUUUUGGAUGUGAAGGUUCAUUCCGUCAAUUAAAUAUUGAUUGAUUUGAUAUAAAGUGUAAAUAAUUUAUUUAAACUACAUAAUAAAAAUCUAUAGUAUCAA